AAAAAAACGUGCCCCUCCAACCCUAUCGAUAGAGGGGCAGCUCUGUAGCGCAACCACCAUUUUGCUGCUCCUGCGAUUCUGCGGUCUUUCUGGAGAACAAUAAUAGUUCUAUCAGUUCCAAAUUCUCCAAGUAUCCAGCUCAUUCUAUUCCAAAGCAGUCGCAAUGGCCGACCUCCCCACCUCUUUCGAUCAGCCCGUUCAUAUUGGUGUCAUUGGCGGCACCGGCCUGGCCCAACUCGAAGGCUACGAGCCCAUUGCUGUCGUCAACCCCGUCACCCCUUGGGGCACUCCCGCCUCGCCCAUCUCUAUUCUCUCCCACAAUGGCGUGAACGUGGCUUUCCUUGCCCGUCACGGCGUACACCACCAGUUUGCGCCUCACGAGGUUCCUAACCGUGCCAAUAUCGCCGCUCUCCGCCAUCUCGGUGUCCGAUGCAUCAUCGCCUUCUCUGCCGUCGGAUCUCUCCAGGAGGAGAUCAAGCCCAUGGACUUUGUCGUCCCUGACCAGGUUAUCGAUCGCACAAAGGGUAUCAGGCCGUUUACUUUCUUCGAGGGUGGUGUUGUCGGCCACGUUGGAUUUGCGGAUCCGUUCGACAACAAGCUGGCAGAGAUCGUCAAGACUUGCGCAGCGCACAUGGAAGGCGAGGGCGUGGUGCUUCACGACAAGGGCACUCUCAUUUGCAUGGAGGGACCCCAAUUCUCCACUCGUGCCGAAUCUCACAUGUACCGAUCAUGGGGUGGCUCCGUCAUCAACAUGUCUGCUCUCCCCGAGGCCAAGCUCGCUCGUGAAGCUGAGCUUGCUUAUCAGGUUAUCUGUAUGGCAACCGACUACGACUGCUGGCACUCAUACGAGGAUGUGAAUGUCGACAUGGUCUUGAAGUACAUGCAGGCCAACAGCCAGAAUGCUAAGAGACUGGUUGGAGGUGUCCUGGAUCAGCUCAUCAAGCUUGACCACAGCGACCUUGUUAUGGCUAAGCACUGGGAGGGCACAUCUUCUGGAGCUGUCAAAUUCAUGACUAAGCCUGCUGGGAGAAACCCUGAGGCUAUGAAGAAGAUCGAGUACCUGUUCCCGGGCUUCUGGGAGAACUAAUCUGGAUUCAGAAGGUAAACUUGGGGCGUUUGGUAGCGGAAAAUACGACGACAAAUAAGUCAAUGGUGCAAGCCGGGCUUGCAUAUAAAAUUCAACAAAUGUUGCGACUAUAUUUCAUAUUUCAAUUUUUUUUUUUUUUUUUUUUUCAUUUGGCUGAUUUGCAC